CUCCUUUUCGAGUAUGAUCUAACCCACCCUUUGAACAAGUCCACCAUACCCCUCGCGCGCAACUCCCUCCGCAAGCUACGCACCAUACGACAUCCAGACGUACUUAGAUACAUCGAUGUCGUAGAAUCCGACUCAGCCAUUUGCAUCACGACUGAAAGGGUUCGCCCUCUACCCCUUGCGCUAUCCCAAUCAUCCUCCAAUGUUCCACGCGAGCGAGAGGACUGGCUGAUUUGGGGGUUACACCAAAUUUCAGUCAGAAUUGUUCUUCCCGUCUGCGUUCAGGCCUUAAUUGCUGACCUUCUGAGCUAG